GGCUUUUCAUUUCGAGACUGACAUCAACUUGACAAUUAUAUCCAGGAAAAUAAGAGGAGAAAGACGGCGCCUUUUUUCGACAAUAACGAUUUGUCGAAGUUCGUAAUGCAGAGAGGGACAUUUCGUGGGGAGGCGCAAUUUUCGUCAAGAGAUGAGUCGUUUAGUGAUCUGAUUGCCAAGCUUAAGCAAGAUUACGAGUGUAAAUGCAAAAUUAGAAUGUGAAAUUGGAGAUUUCGUCUGAAAUUUUCCACGCGUUUCUCGGAAAAUGAGAAUCUUAGGUCGAUGACGUCACAAGACGCCAUUUUGAAGCGAGGUGUUCAAGGCACGCAACCGAAAGAAUCUUAAAGAAAUCGUUGCCCUCAAGAAGGUCCUCAUGGACAACGAGAAAGAAGGGUUCCCGAUCACCGCCCUCAGAGAAAUUAAGAUACUUCAGUUGCUGAAACAUGAAAACGUGGUCAACCUGUUGGAAAUUUGUCGAACGAAAGCCUCUCCCUAUAAUCGCAAUAAAGGAAGUAUAUACCUUGUGUUUGAGUUCUGCGAACAUGACUUAGCUGGCCUUCUAAGCAACCAUCAGAUCAAGUUCUCUUUGUCAGAGAUGAAAAAACUUACCCAGAUGUUGCUAAAUGCACUGUACUUCAUACACAGUAAUAAAAUCCUGCACCGAGAUAUGAAGGCUGCAAAUGUUCUAAUAACUAAGAAUGGUGUGCUGAAGUUAGCAGACUUUGGUCUGGCACGUGCUAUUCACCUGAACAAGGAGCAGACCCAGCGUUACACCAAUAGAGUUGUCACUCUUUGGUACAGACCGCCAGAGCUUUUGUUAGGAGAAAGAAACUAUGGUCCUCCCAUUGAUCUGUGGGGAGCAGGUUGCAUUAUGGCAGAGCUAUGGACACGAAACCCUAUCAUGCAAGGGAAUACUGAACAAAAUCAGUUAACCUUAAUAAGUCACUUGUGUGGCUCCAUUGCAGCUGAUGUAUGGCCAGGGGUAGAGAAACUGGAUCUGUUUAGUAAAAUGAUCCUACCGGCAAAUCAGAAAAGACGAGUGAAAGAAAGAUUAAGAAACUAUGUGAAGGAUCCCCUUGCUCUCGAUUUAAUUGACAAGUUUUUGACCAUAGAUCCUGGCCAAAGAAUUGAUGCAGAUACAGCUUUGAAUCAUGAUUUCUUUUGGAGUGACCCAUUGCCAUCUGACCUGACACGUACAUUAAGCUCGGUCAAUACUUCAAUGUUUGAGUUCUUGGCACCUCCACAUCGUGGCAGAGGUCAAGUGCAACCACCAGCUGCUGGACAGUCUCGUGUGGGGGCUGCAAACCAGCUAAGUGUUACUAGCAGCACAUUUGAUAGGGUCUUUUAAUUUUAGUUGCCUUUAAUUUUCAAUGAACACUUUGCAUGCAGUGAAGUAUAUAUUGUAUUUAUAUGUGAUGCAAACAAUUAAACAAUGCAAGUAAAGACUCGAAGACUCAAAAAAAAAAAAAAGAAGAAAAACAAAAAAAAAAUUGCAAAAAGAAAUAAAACAAACUAAAAAAUAAAACAAAAAGAACUAACUGGUAAAAAGAAAAAAAGGAUCAAAACUACAAAAAUGAAGGUCACUCGCUUCAAGCUUGUUUCUUGCAAUGCAUUGCCACAUGCAGUAAAUUGGCAUUGUUUACAUACCCUGCAGUUUUUGUUUACUUUUUAUGCAUUAGUGUAUUGUAGGUGUAAUGAAAAUAGAUGAAAACAUUUGUGAUUGAAAACAGGUGCUCUAUUUUAAAGCAUCUCAGACGUGAAAUAUUUCUUAGUUCUUGUGGAUAUGCUAUACAAGAAUUGGAAGUAACACCAAAAAAUAUUUAAAAAGCUAUGCUGUGUAAUCAUGGCCUAAAAAAAAAUUAUCAUACUUGGAAAAUGCUCAAGGAAAGGGGAAGUCACAAACAUGCUUACAGAAAUGACUGUUCAAUUUUCCCUGGCAGAUUGGGUAAUUUCAGUAGGGGUGGGUAUACUUGAGGAGAAUUGCAAUUAUCAUCUCCAUCACUGAAUAGUCGUCAUUCAGUAUUGGUAAACCUUAUUUUUCUGAUUUUUCCUUGGGAGAACCGAUUAUUGCCACUUUGAAAUGUUUUAUACACCAAGUUCAUACUGUUUUUGUUUUGGUUUUUUUUCUUUUGCAUUGUGCUUAUGUUUAAUAUUAUUAGAUAAAUUUUGGAAGCAUAGUGGUGUGCAGUUAAGAUACUAUGUUUCUGGAGUUUGAAUGCAGACAGUUUACUUUUCAUUUAGAAAAAGUUGAGGCCCUGUGUUGUAUGUUACAAUUAAAGCAGUUAUGGCAGUUAAAAUUAUCACAGAAUGAUUUUCCGUGUCAAAUGCUGGUGUGCUGCCUGUGCUAGUAUCAUACUAAAUAGUAAUUUGAAAACAGUUUAAAUAAACAAAGUACUGAUAACAAAA